AUUCCUUUGUUUUCUAUUAAACUUUGCAACGUUGCAAGUCACGAUUUCCGGCGUUCGAGAACAAUGGAAGGGCGUAAAGGAAAUCAUGGUUGUCCAGGUCGACCUCGUGCCCGUACAUUUUCCAUGCGCCACUACUGACUCCCCCCUCCUUGAGCUGGUUCUCUUUCACGACCACUCCCUUCAGGUUUCUAGCUUCUCUUACCCGCUCUUUCGUCGUCGGGUUUAGCCUAUCUAUCGUCAUUCUCUGCCUCUAGCUGGCUCGUCAUCACUCGGACGCAGGUUCGUUGGCAGAAGCCUUUGCAAGCAAAGCAGCAGUAUCCAAGUCAUGAAGACUUCCCCGACUUCCGCUUUCCUUUUUGUCGCUCUCAAUAUUGUGCGCGCAUUAAGCAUCGUUGCACUUCUUCUUGUGUUUUCCAGCAGUAUCGUCGUCCUGGUUGACGACAUUGAAGCUGUCAAUCAGUUCGUGAAUGGUUCAACGAAUACAACCUCGUUUGACUCUGGUAAUGUCGACUAUAUUCCGAGUAGCACCGUGCCGAAUCAAUCUGCAGGAGUGUUCUGGGCGGUGCUCAACAGGCUCUUAAUUAUUGCACAAACUGUUAUACUCGUUCUGUCUGAGAUCGGAUGGCCUGCCGCGUUCUUCGAUCGCUUCUUCCCAGUUCUUGGGAGAGAAUUUGGAGUCGGUGCCCUUGGUGUGAUGCAGUGUCUAAUUGGUGCAUCAGUGCUCUCCCACUAUGUUAGAAUGUUCCCUCUGGUCACUGCCUUCUUCCUGUUCUCUGUCGGCUGUCUUAACAUUCUCGUCGGACUCAUGUUCCGUGAAAAGGUGAAGGAUAAGCGAAACAUCCUGGGCUGGCGCGAGCGUCGCAAGGAUGUUCUUCCAACGGUUGCGCCGGGAGGACUCACGAGUCGUGAUCGAGAGGAUAAAGGCACCGUAUGUACGUCGCCGGUUCCAUCACAUUCCGCCUCUAGCAGGCCUGGGAUGGGGUUCGGGCGGCAAGCUGAGAAGGCAGCGGAAAUGAAAGGGUUUCUACUUACUAAACCAGUUGCAUCCCUACCUAAACGUCAGGGAGGUGACCAAAACGGCGUGCUACCCCCAGGCCUCGUGCAACCCUGGGUUACCACGGAUUCACCGAGUGGCUCAGCUGUAUCAAUGCCAGCGCCAUUGCCCGUCUGAUGGUGUACCGGAUACACUCUCUUUGUACUAUCACCGGCCUUCUCACAGUUUUCUUGAGGAUUUACUCACAUUCCCUAUCUGGAUAUAUACUUGUCUAUGUAUCAGUCAUCGUGCUGUUGUAUCUGGAACGACUGCCAGUCUUUGGUGGUGCACAGUGCUCUCUCAGGCUUUGGCCGUUCUUCGCUCAUACUCACGUUCUUUCCCCUUACGCAAAAUGAUGAUCGAGAU